UUCCGGCAUUGCCCGCACAGUACAUGCCAUUACAUCAUCUCUCUCUCUCUCUCUCUCUUUACUUUCCUUCUUCUCUUCUCACACCGUAUAUAUAGCUUCAUUCAUAAUCAUACUUCUGAUUCCUGAAUCACAAACCACAACCACACACACACACACACACUACACUCUCUCUAAUACUUAAGUCUUAGACUUUCCCUCUAUUCAUCCCUUCUCUUACUCGAUCCUCGAGAAGCUGUCACUGUAGAGGCUAUGCCCACUAACGAAGACUUCCAAGGUGUUUCGAAUUGUUAUGUGUUCAAGAGCAGAUUGCAGGAGUAUGCUCAGAAGGCGGGGCUCCCCACGCCGGUCUAUGAAACUAUUAAGGAAGGACCUUCUCAUGAACCUUCUUUUAGGUCAACAGUGAUAGUGAAUGAUGUUCGAUAUGAUUCUUUGCCUGGAUUUUUCAACCGUAAGGCAGCAGAGCAGUCAGCUGCAGAAGUUGCUUUGGUGGAGUUGGCCAAAUCUAAUGAAGUUAAUCAAUCCAUCACUCAACCUGUCCAUGAAACUGGAUUAUGCAAGAAUUUACUUCAGGAAUACGCACAAAAGAUGAAUUAUGCAAUGCCUAUGUAUCAGUGCAAAAAGGAAGAAACACCAGGUCGAGCAUCAGUAUUUUCAUGUACCGUUGACAUUGGGGGGAUUCUCUAUAUUGGGGGAACCGCAAAAACAAAGAAGGAAGCAGAGAUAAAAGCAGCUAGAACUGCUUUAUUAGCUAUCCAGUCAAGUGCAUCUCUUGCUUCCCAAAACCAGGUUGGCCAUUCACAGUUGACAGUCAUUCCAUGCAGAAAAAGGGCAACAGAAUCUGUUGUAAUAGCUGAUGAGGCUUCAAAUCCCCCAAAGCCUAAGAAAGCACGGUUUAAAAGGAAAUCUUCUAAGAGGAAAACCCCUAGAGAUAAGAUGGGCCAAAGUCAUGCUGAAAACGUGGGCAUCAGAGCAAAUACCAAUCAUGAGGAAGAAGCACUUGCAAGUGUUAAUAAUGAAUCUGGCGUUCAUGAAAUGAAAUCUGAAGAAUUAACUGUAGAAGCCACGAAGAAUUUUGAGAAUGGAAUGUUAGUUAAUUAUCAUGAGAAUAAAGCAUUGGCUGGGGAGGGUUCUUUUGCUCUGAAUAGCCAAGAGAUUUUUGAAAAUGGGAAGUCAACAGAAUUAUACUGCAAGGAAAACAAUCUUGGGACUGUUGUUACAGAACUAUCUUCUGUGGCUAAUGGAGGCAUACCGGAAAUAAGUGUGGAGAUGAACACGCAGCAAUACAAUGGAGAAAUGGUCAGCGCCGCGGAUCAUUGUAUUGUGGGGGGUUUUGAGGCUUAAUGUAUCAAAUUAAAAGAUCCAAGCAGGGGGAGUUAUUCAUUAGUGUUAGGAACCUUGAGGAUUCCAACUGUUUUUCUUUGUUGGGUGUCACUCAAUUAAGAUAGUAGAAUAUAGGAUGUCAUGAUUCUCAAAGAAAGUUGAUAAAUUUUGACUGAUAACGGUGUUUCAGACCAUUUGUUUGUAUUGUAUUAGAUUUGAGCUAUGUGCUCGGGACAUGAGAUUUGGACGUGUAUUUGACAACGUGUUAGGGGCGAAAACAUUUAAAAUAGAGUAUAAAAAUGCAGUUUUCUUU